UUGUCAAACUUCUCUUACUCUUUCUAGACUUUUCUAGUAUCCCUUCUCUCUUUCCCGAUUAUAUGUAUUUAUACCAAUCCAUCUUCUUCAUUUCGUCAAGAAACAAAAAUUUCAAAUUUCAUAAAAGCUAGAAGAAAUUCGAUCAAGACAGAAGUAGAAUUCGAAGAUGAUGUCGAUUUUUAGCCCCUUCGAUGCUCUUUACGCUGAAUCCAACGGCUUCAAGACGAAAUUCGCAGGCGGCCAGAAACAGAGCUCCGGCGAAAACCAGUCUCCGGCGACGGAACAGAAAAAGAAUUCCGGUAAAACUCCGAUUUCAUCAGACUUUGAAAAGAACAAUAAUAAUAAGAAGGAGAAGAUUCAGCCGAUGAGGAUAGCUCCAGAACUCGACGGUGUUCAUUGUUUCGAAACAAUUCUUCCUUUUUGAUAAUCAUAAACCCCAAAAAGAUUAAUACUUUUAUCAGAUUUUUAUUGAUUACUUGUAAAAAAUUAUCUCCUUUUGUAUAAAGAUUAAUCAAACAGCUUAUUCAAAUUCUA